UGACAUUUCAUCCAUUAAGAAAAUGAAAAUGGACGAGUCCGUCUUGAAGAAGUUAGAAACUUCUGAUGAUAAGGAAGCUAUGGAAAUUUUAUUGGAAUUUAAUAAGCAGAAUGCCCAAACAUUUUCGUUCUCUGACAUUAAUCUGUCCUGUAAAAAGCGUUUAGUGACAAUGUUAUUCAAGCAAGUGUCAAACUAUGAAAAAGGACGAGUUAUUUGUCUCGCAAGUAUACGUAUCUUGAGCCGAGAAAAGAUCCAUAUCGAGGAAUUGUUUAAUAAUCAGGCAAUAGGUAUUUUAGUGAAUUUAGCUGGCUUAAUUGCUGAGGAAGAAGAAAUUCUUAAUCAGUGUACUAGAGUGUAUGAUGUAAAAGUUAUGAUUGAAUCUCAAAAAUGUUUGUGCAAUCUGAUAUAUAACAGCAGUUUUGUGCAGAAGACUUGCUGCAAUAAUGGAUGUAUUGAAGGUAUAAUGUUACGCCUAAGAAUGUACAAGGAUCCUGAUUUACCACAUGAUGUAAAAUUUUUUGAUAUGAGAAUGCUAUUCCUGCUAACUGCUUUAUGUGCAGAAAUAAGACCUAAAGUACGUAAACAACUUCAUGGGCUUACAUAUUUGAUGGAGGUAUUAGACUUAAUCCUUAAAAACAAUGUGGAGCAGAUUUCACAAGAAACUCAAAAUACAGAAAAUCGUCGCAAAUUUAAUAAAAGUAGCAAAAGAGGACGAAGUAAUCAGAAUGAAGUUGAAAGCUGUUAUGCUCCCUGCCUCUCUGAGAAAGAAAUUGACAUGGCUUGUGAAGUUUUAAAAGUACUUUUCAAUCUUACAGUCAAUGUUGAAAAAUACAAUAUGGAAGAAGAAGAAGAGGCUCAUUAUAUGCGACUUGUCAGUAUUUUACAUGAUAUUCUUCUAAGUGAUGCUAAGCCUGCAGAAAAGAAAGAAGAACUGCUCAGCCACACUAUUGAUCUCCUAACUAAUAUGCCGAUGUCAAGCUAUGAAGAAUUGCUGACUCCUGUUCUUAAAAUUCAUGAUACAAAAGUAGAUAAUGUUGUUGAGUUUGAUGGUAUGAACAUGGAAGCUAUCUGUGUGCUACUCAACUUUUUGGAUAAAAGAUUAGAUAAGCCUCAUAAAACCUACAAAGAAAUUCUGUCACCUGUUGUGACCACCUUGAGUGAAUGUGCCCGUUCACAUAGCACUAUUCGCAAGUUUUUACGUAAGAAGGUUUUGCCUCCUCUGAAAGAUGUAAUGAGUCGACCUGAAGAGGGUCCUACAUUGAGAAACAGAUUAGUCAAGUUAAUGACCUCCCCUGUAUUUGAUGUUAAAGAGCUAGUUGCUGACUUCUUGUUUGUUUUAUGUAAAGAAAAUGUUGGACGAUUAAUCAAAUAUACUGGUUAUGGAAAUGCUGCUGGUUUGCUUGCUAACAGAGGUUUAAUGCUUGGAGGAAAAGUUAAUAAUACUGUUUAUUCAAGUGAAUCUGAAGAUAGUGACACAGAAGAAUAUCUGAGAUUCAAAGACAAAAUUAAUCCCGUCCUUGGCUGUUAUCAAGAGCCUCAACCUAAUCCAAUGGAAGGUAUGACUGAAGAGCAAAAAGAAUAUGAAGCAAUGCAGUUAGUUAAUAUGAUGGAUAAAAUGUCAAGUUGUUCUUUUGUACUUAUAUGCAGAGAUGGUCUUAUUCAACCUAUGAGGGUUGGGGAUGAUGGGAAACCACAUCCUAUAAAUCAUGUCCUUGAGCUCCAAGAACAAGAUAAAAAAAUGCCAUCACAAGAAGAAUCUGACUCUGAUUGAAAUAUAUUGAAAUGAUGAGAAAGUAAAAUGACUGUAAAAGAUUAAAAAUUGUUUUCUUAAAAUCAUUCUUUGAAUUUUAUUUUAUGUAACAUUAUCAUUCCUAUUAUUUAUUCAUUAGAUAAUGGUCUAUUUUUCUUUUUCCCAAAUGUAUGUGGAAUAAUCCUGAAAUGUGUUAAAAAAUUAUUUAAAACACAAUCUGAUGGCUAAUAAGUUAAGAUUUAAUCUAUUAUUGCUAUUUAUUUUACUUUUAUCUAAUCACUAAUAAUUUUGUUACUUUUUUUUUACUUUUUUAUUUAUUUUUUAUUUUUAAACAAUCUGUCUGAUUAAUUUGGAAGCCUAUGUGAAGUUUUCUUGGCUAAAACUGAUCCUAAAGUGAAUGUGUAAUGAAAAUGUAUUACUGUUUGUCUCAGUGGUGGUAAAGUUGAAUAUGUGGUGCUCUUUAGAUGUGUAAUUAAUAUCUUAGAUUAAUUGUUACAAUGUAGUUAGUUGUUUGUCUUUUUUAAAGUCUAAUUGGUUGUGAAAUCUAAAAUAUUCUAAAAGUUUUAUAAAGCAUUAAAAAUUUAAAUUUUCAGCAUGUUUUGUAAAUCUCGUAUUUUCAAGAAAAUCAUUCUUAAAAAAUUGUUUAAAUUGGUUGAGAAUGAAAUUCUUUGUGUGAACUGCAUUUUUUUAUAUUUGAUUAUUUGAAAUAUCUAAUUAAAUGUUAUUUGUUUCUUUAAAAUAAUGUAUUUAAAUUAUGUUAAAAAUUCUCAAUUUACUUUUAGAAAAUAAUUACAGUUAUUGCAUUUUUAACAGUUUUGUGAUAAAUUUUAAUAAUUUUUCACUUCCUUGUAUCUGUAUCACUGAUGUGCUGUUUUUUCAUAUGUUUUUAGUUUGUGUCCAAUAGGAGAAAUUGAAUUUUUUUUAUUAGUUGUAAAGAAAGUAUUUUAUAAUAGUUGAAUUAAAUAAAUAAAAUUCAAAUAAUAUUAGAAAACAUAUAUAGAUUCGAAAUUAAAAGUGCCUUGGCCUCUUUAUAAAUUUCCAAUGAUUAAAAUGGGCGUUGGCCAUGGCAGGAAUAUUUUAUGGACAUUUGUGAUAAAUCUUCGUUUAAGAGAAAUGUCUUCUAAGCCAUUAGCGUCAAUCAACCUUUAAAUUUUAAAAAAUGAAGUAGAAUUGAUUUCACUAACUAAUAAAGGAAAUGUAAAAGAGAAAAAUAGUUUUAAUAUUAAGAGUAGAAAUUAUUGUUAUAUCCAGACUGUAUGAUAAUCAUAUUCUUCUUUGUCAAUCCAAAAUUUUUAUAUUUAUCACAUUUUCAUAUCAAAACUGUUUAUAUAUAUAUAUUUUAGUAUUAUUAUUCAUUUUAAGACUUCUGUUACUUUAAUAUCUGAUUCUUAUAAUAAAAAUAAUGUUUAAUGUGUUAAGCAUAUAGUAUGCAAUUAAUUAUAAAAUGGUAAACUGGAAACAUUUUGUUGUCAAAUUUUGUAUAAAUACAAUUACUGUAACGUCUAAAAUCAGAUAUGUAUUGCAAAUUUCUGGAUUCUUUCUGAGUAAUGUAUCUUAUAAAGCAGUCUUAUACUUCAGAAAUUGUAAUUACAUUCAUUUAUUUACAUUUUGAUUGACAUUAAAUUGAAACAAUUCCUUGAUUUAAAAUCAUGCAAAUUAAACGAUAUAAACCAAAAAGAUAAUAUUGACUUUUUUAAUCAUAAUUUUUAUUCUCUAUUUCAUUUUAUAAUUUUAAAGAAUCAUAGCUUAUAGUACCAAUAGAUUUUAAAAUUUGAAAAGGCUUAUGUAAUUUUUUAAAGAUACAUUAGUCGUGUCAUUAUCCUGGCCUUUUAUUAUACUUUUACUUUUCAAGUAGUGCCAUUUUGCUAUGCAUAAUUUUAAAUUUUAAGUAACACUUGAUCUACUUACAAUAUUAAGAAUUUUAAUUAACAAGAUUCAAUGACCAUUUUGUCUCUUUUGAAGGAUUAUCAUAUGUGACAUUUUCUAAACUUAUUUAUUCAUCAUGAUUCUUGGUAGUGUUUGUUUGUAAAGAGCAAUACUAUUACAUAAUGAGCUUUCAGUCUGACCUAUUUUCAGCACAUACAGUUGUAUAUAUCAAAAGUUAUGCUUUUUCGAAGUUAUUUAAACUACUUUGGAAUAAAUCUUAACAGCAAUAAAAUAAUCUGUCUCUUUCUUGAUAAUACUGAUUUACGCUGAAGUUUAUGAAAAUAAAGUAUGUUAGUUUUUAAUGGGAUAGAACAAUAUUAAAUGUGAAUGUUUGUUGUAUGAAUUUUAUAUUUGUUUAAUUAUACAGUUUUUUCUUUAAAAUUUUUAAGAAUGUUCUUAAAAUUUUUAAGAAUGUUCAGUUAAAUGUUUGUGUACAUUGAUUUACUUAAUGGAAACAACAGGGUGCAUCAUUUUAUAUAACAGAAAUCAGUUAUCAGUAUUAUGUUUAUUUUGUAAGAUUGCAUUUAGAUAAGACAUCGGGAUAUAUUUUUUAAUAUUUUUUUUUAAACAGUGAUAGAUUUGGUAUAAUGUAUAUUAAUGUACUUUUUAAAAGAAAUUGAAUUUUUUGGCCACCGAAUAUAUUUCAACACUGCAAAACUAUUUUGAUGUCUAAGAAGUUCUUAGGUUUUAAAAUAUUUGUUUGUUCAUCAGUUUUAUUUUUUGGCUGCUGUUUUUACCCUGCAGGUAGGAGUAAAUAUGUAGGCAAAGUUUAUUCUUUAUAUAUGAGUAUGUUUGUAUGCACAAAUAAGUGGUUUUAAUCCCUACAGUUUGCAGUUUGGUUCAAUAUUUCAGCAAAAUGAAAUACAGUAUUUAUUUUAAUCUGUAUUUUAAAAUAUAUUGCAUAUAGUCUAUCUUGAGUUUGAAACACCAGUUAUUUAUUUCAUGAGAUAUUUCCUGUAUCAGGACAUUCAUUUAAUAUGAACUGAUAUCAUUAAAUGGUCAUUAAGAUUCUCCACAGCUAUUGACUUAUCAACAUUUUUGUGUAAUUCAUUCAUAUACUUAAUAUAAUAAAAUAGAGUACUCAAAUAGCCUUGUAAUGUGUAUUAAAUUACUGCAAAAGAAUAUCAUUCAUCCUUUUUAUAUGUUCUGUGUAGUGAAAACUCUGUAUGGUUUUUGAAACGAGUAUAUGCAUUUGUAUCUAUCAUGGCAGCUGCUUAUAUAUACAUAUAUAUAUGUUUCUGAAAUGAGUUACAGUUCACUGUUUGAAAUAUGUUAAUAGCACUGUAUGCAAAAUUUGCUGUUGUGCACUAAUUAAAUGAUUGAUUUUAAUAAUGUUUGCUUUUGUUGCAUUUAUAUCUGUCAAUAAGUAAGUUGGUGAGUGGCUUUAUAGUGAGUGCUUCUCCAACAAAACCGUCUAAAAAUUAUCAAAUGAUUUCUUUUAACUCUUGGAAAGAACUGCAAUUUCAAAACUUUUUCUUUUUAAACAAAUGGGUAAUAAAAUUUUCUCAGACUUAAUUUUAUUACUGCAUUUUUUUCUUUAUCAAAAUGUUUGCAUAUACAGGCAAUUUAGGUUAAUGGUAUAUGUGAGAAGUAUAUUAAGUGGCUGCUCCUGUUAUUUGAAAUUAAAAUUUUAAAAUUUAAGACUUCAGAAUUUAAAAUUUAAUCUAAUUUUAUACAUAACUAUGAAAUGUUUAUUAAAAUAAAUUUUACCAUAUGAAUGAGUAUGCAUUUAUCCUUUUUUAGUUACUUCCUCAUUUUUUUUUCUACUUUGCUACACUAUUCAGGUAUUAUUUUUUUCUUUUUGAUUGCGUCCUUGUUCAUAAACUUCUUUAAUCUAUCUCUCUUAAUGUAAAAUAAUAAUUGUUUUGGAAUAUUUUUGUUGUAUGUUUACAUGACAGAAAGACACGUACUUGUUAACAUUCUCUUGAAGCUUUACUGCUAUAAAGAUAUAUAAAAAGUAGUUAUUCUGCCUUAUGAUUUUGAUUAACUGUAAAAUAAUAUUAGCAAAAAUAUAAAAUGGAAAAAGUGAACUGCUUUAUUGCCAUUUUUCAUGAAGUAUUUAUUGUUUUGAAAACUCGUAUAGCUUUCAGACAUCUUUUGAAAUCACUUGUUCAUUUAAAGUCUUACAUGUUUAUAUUAAAUAUUAGGAAUUUUGACUAUUAUUCAUUAGCUGGUGAGCUUUAAUAUUAUACAGGCAGAUGUUACAAACAAAUAUGAUGAAAAACCAUUACUUGUUAUCUGUUUAUUAUAUAACAUGCAGUGGAGAAAAUCAGUCAUUUUAUAUCUAAAUAUUUAAACUUAAAGACAGUUGUAAUCCAGUUGGCUUUUGGAAUUUUGCCAUUAUGAAUCUUCUUGGAGAAACUGUUAUUUAAAAUCGAAUAAAGCCUUUUGGCAUUUACUUGUACUAUAUUAAAUUCAUUGAAAUGGUAGCAUACUUUGCUUGCGCAAUGGAAGAAAAAAAUCCGCAAUUUAAUAUUUCUUUGGAGCAUCUUUAGCUGAAACUGCAGGACAAAGUUUCAGAGUUUGAAUGCUUAUUUUUGGACUAGAGUUGCAUCAACAAUUCUCCAAAAUUUAUUUUCUGUAAAGGGAAGGUCACAUCAUUGAGUCUUUGUUGGAUCUUUCUGUAGUGUCUCACAUAUCCUUAAUUAAGUUGAUGUUAGCUCUAUGUGAUAGGGUAGUCCUGGUUUUUCUUGAGCCACACUUUGAACUCAUUGAGUACUGCCUAAUCACCCUAAAAUUCAUCAUUAGUUUAAAGGAGAGGAUUUAAUGAUGAAUGAGAUGAUCAUUGAACAUUUUAAGGACUCGCAUUUUAUUUUAUUUCUGCAUAGUGCUACUGUGGCUACUCCAACUUAACAGAAAGCACCAUAGAUUAUGACAUUUGUUUCUGAAGCUUGUACAGUGGAUUCAGUAUACAAAGGAUCCAGUCUAACACUAAUGCGUCCAUCAUGUUUGAUGAGUAUGAAUCUAGAUUCAUCAGAUUACAUAAUGUUUUCAUAUAAUGUGAACGAAUUGUUUGCAUUUUCAGUUUUUAUGUUCUUUCCUAAAUUUGAGUCUUUUCAUUUGAUUCAUCUUGCUAAAAAGUAGUUUUCUUAUUUUUUGUCACAAGACGGUUGUUAAAUCUCACUCCUGUAAAUUUUCAUCUCAUUGUGUAAAUAGAAAUUAUCACUUUUCAUACUGAACAUUCUGGUAACUUUAUGAGUAGAAUUUUUGCUGCUUAAUUUCAGUAAUUGAUUGAGCGAAAUUCAAUCAUGAAAAAUCAUUUAGCAGUAAGUUUUGACUACAUAUUUAUUGUUUAUGAUUGUUUUUCUGCCCCCUUUUUAAGACUUGAUAAUAUUUUGAAUAGUUUUGCUGUUUCUAAAGCUAGCCUAUAGUUUGAUCUUUUCUGAAGUCUGGCAUCUUUUCCAAUGAUCCUGUUGGUAUCUUUUCCAAUGAUCCUGUGAAAUGUAUUAGUCAUGAUUUUUCUAAAUGACAAGGUGCACAUUGAGUCUGCAUUAUUUGAAGAUUGCAUUGAUCAUAAAAUUAUGGAAGUUUUUCAAAAUAUUUAACUGUUUACUUUCUGCUCAAUAUUUGGAUGUCCAAAUUUAUGCCUAGACUAUUUUAGUGCCAGACAUUAAUGCUGUUUUGGGGUGAGUGGAAUGUCAUGGCCUUCUUAGAUGCCUAGAUUGUUUCCAUUUAGGUAAUUUGGUCCAUUUUUCCAUUUUCUGCAUAUAACAGUGGGUUGGAAUCCACUGUAGUGUUAUCUUGCCAGCCAUAUUUUUUUUAAAAAUUACACUGCACUCGUGCUUAGUAUUUCAAAUUUAUACUAUUUGUUAUUGGCUGAUGGUUUGACAGUUACCGGGAAUUGGAAAGAAUCUCUGCAUUUCCAUUUUUUUUAAACAAAUUGUGUGUUUGCUUUUGAGUGUAUCUGUUAUGGAUUGGUUUUGUGCAUGGUCUCAAAUAACAAGAGAAACUAUUGCUAAUCUUUGGUUAAGAUUUUGUAAAGAUUUUUCCUAAACCAAUGAUUAGUCCAGUUGAUCAGAAUCAACCACAAAUGUAUAUUCAUUCAGUGUUUAGAGAACUGUAGGUGAAACUUGCAAUAUCAUUAACUUUCAUUCUUUGUAGACAUUUAAUUAUGCAUAUAAUGGUAAGUUAUGUUAAUUUUUAACUAAGAAUUGCAAAGGUUUUAAGUAGCAAAGCCAUAAAAAUAUACUUCUAAAUCAAUCAAUAUUGGACAUCCGAAUUUCAGACUUUUUACUAUAUUCUGUUGGUGUAUUUUGUGGAAUUACUAAAUUUAACAGAGGUUAAAUAUAUGUUAAGUUUAUAGCAUUUUGUAUUAUUUGCACUUUUAAAUUGUAAGAGAUAUAUUCUUUACGUAAACUUCUAUGGUUACUUUGGUUUACUGUGAUUUUUGUAUGCUAGUGUUUGUUCCAUCAGGAAAAGUGAUUUUUUAAAGAAGAAAUGUGCUUUCUGUAAUUGUUAAAUGUAUUAAAUGCAUGUGUAAUGUGUGUAUAUAUAUAUAUUGAAUUAUAUGCAUUAAUUACAUUUCCCAUAUACAAGAGUAUUAACUAUAAACAUUUUUAAAUGUUUUAAAAGAUGAUUAUAUUUAAUAUUCUCAGUUUUGUAUAACACACAUUUUUAAUAGUAUAGAGAAAAUUACUCUUUUUUAAAAUAAAAUUGUACAUUUGAAGGUUAUUUCUAAAAAAGUAUCGAGUAUACAUGUGUAAAUUUAUUAUCUUAUCUUAUAAACUGUGAAACUAGAAUGUGUUUUUCUUUUACUUAAGAAUUUGAUACCAAUUUUGUUUUUAACGUCCAUGUAUUUGUAAUGUUUUUUUUAUUGUACUACACAUAAUUGUCUGAAAAUAGGUGUCAUAAAUGCUUCAAAUCAGUUUUUAUAAAUAUUUUUAUUAUAAUAUUAAAAAUAUUUAUAAAAUUUAUAAUUUUAAGAAUUGAUUUUUAGCAUUUUAAACUAAAGCAGUAGUAUAUUAUACUUCUUGUAUUCUCACAGUGUUAGUGCAAUCUCUUGUUGAUUGGAAGUGUAUUUUUUGUAUAUGCGAAUGAAUUAUCAUAUUGAGAAAGCAUAGUUUAAAGCAUGGUUUCUUAAACUUUUUUCAAUCGUGACCCCUUUUUAUCACUGAGAUUUUUUCGCGACCCCCCAGGACCCCAUAAUAUUUACAAAAAUUGUAUGGGACCCCAUAAGUAUUGCGCAAAUGCGGCACACGCAUGAGUGAAACUGUCAAUUUUUUCACUUGUAUACUAUUGCAGUUUUAGGUCAUUAACAUAACAUAACAUAACAUUAGUGGCACUUCCUUCUUAUGAAAGCGCCACUAAUGUUAUGCAUGAAAAGAAGAAAAAGAACUUAGGCAAUGUUGCCCAUUGCUCUUCCACCAUUUGAUCAUUUAAGUCAAAGGUUUUAAAUGGUAACUCCUGUUAAAGGUAAAUAAUAAAUAAGUAGAUAAGAUUCCAAACUGACACCAAAUAUAUAGUAUCAACAAAAGAUCCCAUCUCUAAUUUCAGGGUGUCGGUUAAAUCGUUAAAACUUUCCAAUUGGAUGAAGAGCCAAUUCAAUCCCUCCCAAACCACCAAACGCAAACUCUUGACCAAACAAGGGUGUGAUGGCGAGUCUAAAAACAAAAUAAAUAUCUAAAUAAAUUAAAUAAGGAGGGCAGAGGUACUUUCUUAAGUGAAAUGGCCAGGUGGUGUAUAAAGAUUUGAUAUCUAUUUCCAAAUUAUAUUCCAAAAUGCAGCUAUGACAGGGAGAUCCCUGCAUAGUUUCUUUUACAAAAAAAAAAAAAAAAAAAAAAAAA